AUGGUUCGUUACGUGCCCCGCUUGCCUGAUGGCCAGAAGGUAAAACUUGCCUGGCCCCUGGCUGUUUUUCGGUUGAACCACAUAUUCUGGCCCUUGGAUCCGAGCACCGGAAAGUGGGGACGCUAUUUGGACAAAGUAAUGGCUCUCCUCGGCUGCCUAAUAUUUCUCCAGCACAACGAUGCGGAGCUGAGGUAUCUACGGUUCGAGGCCUCUAAUCGGAAUAUGGAUGCUUUCCUCACCGGAAUGCCCACAUAUUUGAUCCUGGUUGAGGCUCAAUUCCGGAGCCUCCACAUUCUCCUCCAUUUUGAGUCUCUUCGAGUGUUUCUGCAACGCUUCUAUGCCGAUAUUUACAUAGAUCCGCGAAAGGAGCCGUUAAUGUUUCGCUUGGUAGAUGGCCAGAUGUUACUCAACCGUUUGGUUUCAGCCAUGUACGGAGCGGUGAUAACUGGCUACCUAAUUUCUCCAGUAUUUUCCAUAAUCAACCAGAGCAAGGACUUUCUGUAUUCCAUGAUAUUUCCCUUCGACACUGAGCCCUUGCAUGUGUUCGUACCUCUGCUCUUGAGUAAUGUCUGGGUGGGCAUUAUAAUAGAUUCCAUGAUGUUCGGCGAGACCAGUUUGCUCUGCGAGUUGAUUGUUCAUCUCAACGGCAGCUAUCUACUGUUGAAAAGAGACUUGGAGUCUGAGGCUCAGAGGAUUCUGUCCAAGAGACACCGCCCCCACAUGGCCAGAGAGCUCAAGGUUCUAAUUAUACAAACUUUACGGAAGAAUGUGGCACUGAAUCAGUUUGGCGAAAAACUAGAGCAACAGUACACAGUGCGGGUCUUCAUUAUGUUUGCCUUUGCGGCAGGACUUUUGUGCGCCUUGUCCUUUAAAGCCUAUACGAAUCCGAUGGCCAACUAUAUCUAUGCGAUUUGGUUUGGAGCAAAAACUGUGGAAUUGCUGUCACUGGGACAAAUUGGCUCGAACCUGGCCUAUACGACAGACUCCCUGAGUUCAAUGUACUACCUGACCCAUUGGGAGGAAAUCCUUGAGCACUCCACCGAUCCCCAGGAGAACCUGAGACUCCUGAAAAUAAUCAACCUGGCCAUCGAAAUGAACAGCAAGCCCUACUUUGUGACUGGAUUGAAAUAUUUCCGUGUCAGUUUGCAGGCUGGCUUGAAGAUUUUGCAGGCAUCCUUCUCGUAUUUCACGUUUCUCACCUCGAUGCAGCGGCGUCAAAUGAGCAAUUAAAUUAUUCCGAUUUUUAAUGGCACAUCAUACACCAUUCGCAUUGCAAUUGGCUUCUGACGCCCAUCCCCAAAGCCUAGUCCACUGAUACAAAUGAUUGCAUAUUAAAAGACAAUUAUUGCGAAAUUAAUUUUAAUUAAAUGAAAUUGA